AUGCUCGAGGCUGAAGUAUAUGCCACAGUUGGAAGUGAGAAGAAGGUUGAGUAUUUGAUGGAAAACUAUCACAUCCCACGGAACCGAAUCUUCAAUUCCCGAGACAAAACAUUCGUGGAUGGAGUCAUGCGUGAAACGGAAGGUCGUGGCAUGGACUUUAUUCUCAACUCCCUCUUAGGCGAACUCUUACACGCUACAUGGAGCUGUGUUGCUGAAUUUGGAACAAUGUUGGAAUUAAGGAAGCGGGAUUUAAUCGGUGAUGACAAACUCGAUAUGAAACCCUUCUUAGCGAACCGCAGCUAUUGUUGUGUCGACAUUAACGGGCUUUGGAAAAGGAUUCAUAUAGCCAGGGCCUUGAUAUUUUCCAUACUGAAAUUUUAUAACAAGGGACACAUCUCCCCUCUGCCCACCACUAUAUUCCCAGCAUCCCAGACGCAAGACGCGUUUCGAUUCAUGGAAAAGGGUCAGCACAUUGGACGUGUCAGUGUUUCGAUGAAGCAGACCGAGGAAUCUGAACUUGAAUUCGAAACCACUAAGAGAACAUUGAAGAUCGCCUUUGAUGAAGCAUCCUCUUACUUAAUGGUUGGAGGCCUUGGAGGCAUCGGUCGUGCCGUGUCUACCUGGAUGGUCGACCACGGUGCCCGUGAGCUUAUCUAUCUAUCUCGAAGUGCUGGGUGUACCAGUAAAGAUGACGAUUUUGUCCGCGAACUCCAGAGCAUGGGUUGUGCCGUUAAACUCGUGAGCGGAGAUACCACGAAGCUCGAGGAUGUACACAGAGCAAUUGCCGCAGCGACAUACCCCAUGAAAGGUAUUAUGCAGAUUUCUAUGGUUGUCGCUAACGAAAACUUCACAAAGAUGAGUUUUGACGAGUGGAAUGCGUCGACAGCGCCCAAAGUCCAGGGGACGUGGAAUCUGCACAACGCUACUCUAGCUGCAGGCAUUGAUCUAGACUUCUUUGUGAUGUUCAGCUCGGUGUCGGGCAUUGUUGGACAAGCAGGAUAG